AUGUCGGCGUCACUUAUAACGGCAGCGGCGUCCUCGGCGCGGACUCACCAUUGUCAGAUUAAUUUUUCCGUGCCAAAAUUAGGAAUUUUUGGUGAGCAGCUUGAUAUCUUGCAGAUAGCAGCAACUCGCCAAUCGAGGCACCCGGUGGCUGGUCGGAGAAAGAGGAGAAGACCCUGGAAUCAGUGGCAUAGAUACACAGAUCUGACGGUCACCAAUGCGUUCAACCCUUAUCUGCUUGCAGAAGCAUGCCCUCGGAUGCGUGGAGAAGCACGCCUGGAGCAAAGAGACAACUUUAGUGUUAGCGUCUCCAUGGGCUGCUCAAGGCCAUCUGAGGUUUGUCUGGAGUUGGUCCUAAAGGACUACGAUUUGGAAAGCUCUACACUAUUUACAAAGUCUGGUAUCAUUAGCAUAGUGCCAUUUUGCAAGUUGCUACCUGUUGAGGGUUGUGCUGCUCUUGGAAAAUUGUUGAAGCCUCAAGAUUGUGUUGCCCAUAUCCUCCCUGUACAUUUUCAAUCUCUAGCUACAUUGCUGGUUGUUUUAGUUAUAAUCCCUAUCCAUGCUAUUACAUCACUUUUCAUUUGUCAUUUUCUUAUUUAUUAUGUUAUUCCUGAUGCAUUUCUUCUCAUUAUUAGAUGUAAAUUGAGACGUUAUACGAGGGGCUGGGAGAGACCUGAAUUUGAACACAGCUAUGAGAGCGGCCGGAAGCCUGACUGCGUAGAGUACGAAUCCGAUUUGAAGGUGGCUGAUGAUGUUUGGGUUGGAGCUGCCGUUAGCCUGAAGGUCACAAUUGCUGCACAUGCUGUAAAUUCCCAAUGGUGUUGUGAUUGCCAACAAGGUAACAUGCUAUGGAGACAAAAGAUUGGAGAACAAGCUUUUCAAGGAGCUAGGGAUACGUGUGUCCUAAAUCUGGAGAUGAAGUUGGAGAGAGAGAUGGGCCCGGAGCUUGUUGAGGCGAUCAGGGGCUUUGAGUAUGGCAUAGUUAAGGCGCCAUUAGGUCUUGAUAUUUUGAGCCCGGAGCUUGUUGUAGUUGUUGCCAAUGCUUGA